GCCAUGGCGACAACUCCCUGCCGCUUCCCUCUCUGCAUGCGCCUGGCUCUGCUGGGCCUAGCGACUGCCUCGGUCUCGCUCGCCGCUCAGGAGGACUUGACCCUGCACGGCCAGGACGGGUCCGUGAUCGUGGCGCUUGUGUCGGGGCUCAAUCGGCUCUCCGAUGCCUUGGAGGAGCACCACGAGAAGUGCCUCAAGAAGGGAGCUCUGACGCCGGUCACGGAGGAGCACUUGGACAGCCUCCGCGAGCGCGUGAGGCGGCAGUGGGCAGAGCUCGGCGACCUCGAGCGGAACUUUGGCGCCUUGACCUCCAAGAUGAGCCAGAUGUUGAGGAAGCGCGUCCCUUACGCCCGGCAGGAACUUAAAGGCUGUGUCCCGCCCUUCUACGAGGUGGGCGGAGGAUGCUACUGGCUCCACAAGCGUCCAGGCCUGAGCUGGGACGAUGCCCGGCGGCGCUGCCAGAGGGCGGAGGCGGACCUGGCGACGCCCGGCAACAUGCUCGUCCUCAGGGAUUACCUCCGGAAACAGCAGAACCCAAGCUGGUCCAACGUGUGGGUGGGCGGGCGCGUGACGGCGUGGGGCAACUGGCGCUGGCUCAACAACUCGGCCAUCGUCAUGAACGAGCGCACGUGGUACCCCGUCAGCCGCUCCUUCCGCGCCGACUGCGUGGCCCUCGCCGUCGACCAGGACUUCCUCAUGACCGGCGUCGAGUGCGACAAGAACCUGUAUUUCCUCUGCGAAAAGAAGCUAUGAUGCUCCUUCCCCGAUUUCGCCUCUCUCCCUCCGCCUCUCGCUGCCCCUGCCGUGUCCUUCAUGCUUCAGUUUGGCUCUAAACACAUGAUGGCAUAAUGUAUUUCUCUUAUUAUCGGUAUCUACCUUAAUUGCCUCUGUCAGAGUCACUCUCUUCU